UAUAAUUUAUAUAUUUAUAAUCAAAUUACAACUGUCAGUUUGUCAGUGUCAAUUUUAUUUUGUGUUGGGUAGUAGACAAUCGAGAGAAUUAACAAUUUUAGUAAAGAAAAACGUUACUUUUGAUACUUUAAAUAACCUAACAACUAUCUUAAACGCAGCGUAGUCACCUUAAACAUGCUCGUACCGAUAAAAGUGUAAGUAUUAAGAAGAUUGCGUCAUAUUGCGCCUAGCACCCUUCGUUGAUCAUGGCCCCUUCUAAGCGCCCCGGCUCGAAUAAAUCCGACUCUAAAUCCAAAAAGCGCAAGAAGGAGGAAGACUACGACUACGCCGCCGAAGAGGACGAUACGAACGAUGCGGACAUCAACGAGGCCGAAGUCCCGGGCGCCGCGGCUCGGGACGCCGAAAAGAACGACCUGGCGGCCCAAGAGGACGAAUUCGGAGCGAAAGACUACCGAUCGCAGAUGAUCCUCAAAUCCGAUCACGACUGCCGGCCCCUGUGGGUCGCCCCGAACGGUCACAUAUUCCUCGAGUCCUUCUCGCCCGUGUACAAGCACGCCCACGAUUUCCUCAUAGCCAUCUCCGAGCCGGUGUCCCGGCCGGAGUUGAUACACGAAUACAAGCUGACGGCCUAUUCGCUGUACGCCGCUGUCAGCGUGGGCCUGCAAACGAACGAUAUCAUCGAGUACUUGAAGCGACUGAGCAAAACGAGCAUACCCGAGGGUAUCGUGGAGUUCAUCAAACUGUGCACGUUGUCUUACGGUAAAGUGAAGUUGGUGCUGAAGCACAAUAAGUAUUUCGUGGAGAGCCCGUUUCCCGACAUCCUGCAGAAGUUGCUCAAGGAUCCCGUUAUACAGGAAUGCAGGCUCCGGAGGAACGUUGAUAAUGAUUCCGAGGAGUUCAUUAAACAGGUGCAAGAUAAGAAGCAGUUGUUGACUUUCGGGGCCAAGCCCGGUACAACAUCGGAACCAGUGGGUUCGAACGGGCAACCAGUACCGGACGAUAUAACUAGCUUUUAUGAAAAAAUCGACGUGGAAGAAGAGGAGGAUGAGAAUCUUCUGGAAACUGUAUCGUUCGAGGUAAACCAGGAGAAAAUCGAAGUUAUCCAAAAGAGGUGUAUCGAAUUGGAAUUUCCUUUGCUAGCAGAGUACGAUUUCAGAAAUGAUACCGUAAAUCCGGAUAUAAACGUUGAUCUGAGACCUUCGGCUGUGCUGCGACCUUACCAGGAGAAGAGCCUCAGGAAGAUGUUCGGAAACGGCAGAGCCCGAUCGGGAGUGAUUGUCUUACCCUGCGGUGCAGGAAAGUCUUUAGUAGGCGUAACAGCUUGCUGUACGGUCCGUAAAAGAGCAUUAGUAUUAUGCAAUUCGGGCGUAUCUGUCGAACAAUGGAAGCAACAAUUCAAAAUGUGGUCUACAGCCGAUGAUAGCAUGAUUUGUAGAUUCACUUCAGAAGCCAAAGAUAAACCGAUGGGUUGUAGUAUAUUAGUAACUACGUAUUCGAUGAUAACUCAUACGCAACGUAGAUCGUGGGAGGCCGAACAGACGAUGAAGUGGCUGCAAGAACAGGAAUGGGGUCUCAUGCUUUUGGACGAAGUUCACACGAUACCGGCUAAAAUGUUUAGAAGGGUUUUAACUAUAGUUCAAUCGCAUUGUAAGCUCGGUCUUACGGCUACACUGUUGCGAGAGGACGAUAAGAUAGCCGAUUUGAAUUUCCUAAUAGGGCCCAAACUGUACGAGGCCAAUUGGUUGGAGCUGCAAAAACGAGGUUACAUUGCUAGAGUGCAAUGCGCCGAGGUUUGGUGUCCUAUGACCCCGGAGUUCUACAGGGAGUAUUUGGAAUGCAAGACGAGCAAGCGGUUGUUGUUGUACGUGAUGAAUCCCAAUAAAUUCAGGGCGACGCAAUUCCUGAUAAAAUACCACGAAAGAAGAGGAGACAAGACCAUCGUGUUCUCCGAUAACGUGUUUGCAUUGAAGCAUUACGCUAUAAAAAUGAACAAGCCAUACAUAUACGGGCCGACGUUGCAAAGCGAGAGGAUUCAAAUUUUGCAGAAUUUCAAGUUCAAUCCCAAAGUGAAUACGAUUUUCGUGAGCAAAGUGGCCGAUACGUCGUUCGAUCUGCCCGAGGCUAAUGUGCUAAUACAGAUAUCGUCGCAUGGGGGUUCGCGAAGACAAGAGGCCCAAAGAUUGGGGCGUAUUCUAAGAGCUAAAAAAGGGGCCAUUGCGGAAGAGUACAACGCCUUUUUCUACACUUUAGUGUCGCAGGAUACGAUGGAGAUGAAUUAUUCGAGAAAAAGGCAACGGUUCCUCGUCAAUCAGGGAUACAGUUACAAAGUCAUUACGAAAUUGGCCGGUAUGGACGAAGAGCCGGAUUUGAUGUAUAAAAAUAGAGACGAGCAGUUGCAGUUGCUGCAACAGGUGUUGGCUACUAGCGAGAUUGAUUGUGAAGACGAACGGAUACCCGGAGAAGGUGGAUUUAGAUCGGGAACAACCAGAAAGUCUGGAAAUAUGGGUUCGAUGUCUGGAGCAGACGAUGCUGUUUAUUACGAAUAUAAAAAGUCCAGAACAGGGAUGUCGGACGAAUGGGCUCUAAUAGAAUUACAGGGUGAUAUCAAAUCGAAUGCCGAUUUGGGCCUGGAAGGUCAAUUUCUAGGAGAUUUACAUUUCACCACAACGGGCACUCCAUUACUCAUCAUAGGGCAUCAUUUGCUCUACGGGAAAGAAACGAAAAUUCAAAAACCCUUCGCGCUUAUCGAGAAACGCGCGAUCGAAGGUACCGCCGAAUACGUAGUCAAAUCGAUAAUUAAAAACAAGAUAAUUUUCAAAACCAGACCGAAACCGAUAGUUGGUAAUGUAGAGUAAAUAAAUGUUAGGAUGAAUAUAUUUUUUUUAAAUU